AUGCUUGCCGUCGACGAGCCUAACCGAGAGGCAGGCAGAAGACUCAUUCACCAGAACAAGACUACUUUUGAUGAGUGGCUGAAGCAGCAAAACAGUGAUGCCGAGCCCGAUAUAGGUAAAUGCUUAAUUUGCAUAAUCGAGACCCGAAAGCAGCACGCUGACUCUAUAGGCCAAUUAAUUCCUUUUACUCGCUGGGUUACGCCAACCAAUGUCCCCAAGCGAUACACCACCCAGAUGUAUCUGUAUUUCUUGCCUUUGCCUGUAAAUGUGGAUAAGAAGCUUCUCGACCAACUCCCAGCAGAGGGCGAACACGAGCAGCAUGAGAUCCCAACGAGUGACGGUGGAAUCGAGGUUACGGAGGCACAGUUUCUUCCGGCGUCAGAGUGGGUUAGCCGUGCUCAAAAGGCAGAAAUCAUUCUAUUCCCACCGCAAUUCCUUCUGUUGCAUUUGGUGUCAGGAUUCCUGGACAAGGAGCCUCGUGUAAAUGCUUCUGUGGAAGAAAUGGAGAAGCGUCGUCAAGCGCUUGUUGACUUCGUCCAUUCGGGUUCUCCUCCAUGGACAGAGAAAUGCAUAUCUCCAAAAAUGAUCCACAUGACCGGCGAUGGGCGAUCUGUGUUGGGUCUGAAUUCUCCCGGACCUGAGCUUAAAGGGACUUCCAGGCGAGGAGAGUCCGACAGAGUUGUUAUUGUACGGUUUAAGAAAGGAAGUGCACGAGAGGUGUCGGUAGGAUGGAAGAAGGACGUCUUGCAGGAAGAGAGGGAAAAGAGUAAUCUGUAA